GCUCAGCUCAGCUCAGCUCAGCUGAGCUCAGCUGAACCGAACCGGAGCCAUGCAGGCCUUCCUCAAAGGCCCGUCUUCCAUCAGCACCAAGCCCCCCGCUGCCAAGGAGAGGGGUGCGGCCGGCGCAGCGGGGAGCAGCGGGGAGGGCAAGAGGCUCAAACCCAUCCCCUGGGUGGAGAAAUAUCGGCCCAAAAAUGUGGAUGAAGUUGCCUUCCAGGAUGAAGUUGUUGCUGUGCUGAAAAAGUCCUUGGAAGGUGCUGAUCUUCCCAAUCUGUUGUUCUAUGGCCCACCUGGAACUGGAAAGACUUCUACUAUUCUAGCAGCUGCUAGAGAACUCUAUGGGCCUGAAUUAUUCCGGCAAAGAGUCCUUGAGUUAAAUGCUUCUGAUGAGCGUGGAAUACAAGUGAUUCGGGAAAAAGUGAAGGCUUUUGCUCAGCUAACUGCGACUGGAAGCCGUUCAGAUGGUAAAGUUUGUCCUCCUUUUAAAAUUGUAAUCCUGGAUGAAGCAGAUUCAAUGACUUCAGCAGCCCAGGCAGCCUUAAGACGCACAAUGGAAAAAGAAUCCAAAACAACACGUUUCUGCCUUAUUUGUAACUACAUCAGCAGAAUAAUUGAACCCUUAACAUCUCGAUGCUCCAAAUUCCGCUUCAAGCCUUUGUCAGACAAAAUCCAACAGCAGAGGCUAUUGGACGUUUCUGAGAAGGAACAUGUGAAAAUCAGUAGUGAGGCAGUAUCUUACCUUGUUAAAGUAUCAGAAGGGGACUUAAGAAAAGCAAUUACUUUUCUUCAAAGUGCCACUCGCCUAAUGGGUGGGAAGGAGAUCACAGAGAAGAUAGUCACUGAAAUUGCUGGGGUCAUCCCUAAAGAAACAACUGAUGAGCUGCUAUCUGUCUGCCAGAGUGGUUCGUUUGAAAAACUGGAAAUGCUGGCAAAGAAUCUCAUAAAUGAAGGGUAUGCUGUUGCUCAGCUUGUCAACCAGCUGCACGAUACUGUUGUUGAGAGCGAAGAUUACAGUGACAAGGAGAAAUCUGUCAUAGUUGAGAAACUUGCGGAAGUAGACAAAUGCUUGGCUGAUGGCGCUGAUGAAUACUUGCAGUUGAUGGGCCUCUGCGCCCUUGUGAUGCAGCAGCUAACGCAGAACACCUAACAGCUGCAACAGGGGCUG